AUGACAAUUGUGCCAAGCCCACUAACACCCAGGCUUGGCACGGUUACGCGCGUUGGGUUCCAAUUCGACCAAUGGAAGACAUCUGCCCCUACCCGGUCGUUGAAUGAGCCAAAUAUCGCCGCAUUGGAACGAGAGAUUGCCGCACCUAAUGAUCAAGUGCAACACCAACUGAACAGCCCUGCGGCUCAUCCGGCUCGUGUAGCUCCCAAUACACUUGAUGGAGCACAGGAGAACACAUUGAUUCAGUGGAUUCAGCAAGUGAAGGAGCUAUUCUCUCUUCCUAUGCGACCCCUCAUCGUGACAAGUGCGACCCAAAUUCUCAACGGCGAUGGAAAUGGCGAUGGGAACGACGCCACUAUCAGCAAUGCAUGGGUUGAUCGCUUCAUCAAACGCCUACCAGAUGAUCUAAAGCCAUCUAAAGUACGAUCGGUCAAGAAGAAACGUAUCGAUGCGUCAGAUCAAGAGACUUUGGAGCAUUGGUAUGGACGCCUGGAGGCUGUGAUUGCCGAGGUAUCUCCAGAGAAUAUCUACAACUUCGAUGACACCAUCUUCCAAAUUGGCGAGGGAAAGAAACCUCAAAUGGUCGUCACCAGGAGAGACUUCGCCCCUUAUGAAACUAGAACCUACUGUGAAUGGAUAACCACGAUCGAAUGUAUUUCCGCCAACGGGUGGGCAGCCGAUCCAUUUACCAUUGUUCAAGGCGACUACUAUCUCGACGAUUGGUUUACCUGCGAAGGAACUCCCAAUGAAGCUGUAUUCAUGACGAACCCGAGCGGCCGAGUUGACGAGCAGGCUGCAUGCGAGUGGAUCAAGUUUUUCCAUCGCCAGACCAAAGAUCGCACUGCAGACGACCAGCCUCGGCUUCUACUCUUCAGCGGCCAACCUCAAUAUCUGGGUUUCAGGUUCCUCCAAUUUUGCGAGCAACACAAGAUCAUUCCCUUCAGCUUUCCACCCAAUAUAGGACAUCUUAUGCAGCCUUUUGAUGGCACACCUUUCAAACGUUACAAGCAGUAUUGGAGAUCUCAAGGCAUCAUUUUAAGCAUGAUUGACGAUGCUGAUGAAGAAAAAACUGCUUUCUUCAAUGGCCUCCCUUCUAUCCGUCAGAAAUCAUUCAAAUCUCAGGUUAUCACGAACGCAUUUGCCGACAGAGGCAUUGUGCCAUUUGAUCCGUCCAAGAUAGGUCAACCACUUUGA